AUGACUUUAAAACCUACUCCUCCUUCCACUACUAUUUCAUUGGCAUCAUCAAAAAUAAUGCCUAAUGAAACUCCAAUCAAGAUUGGCACAAAAGGGACUGUUGGAUCACUCAUGAUGAAAGAAUUAGAGUACUUUAACAAGCUUGAAGUACACUCUCAACAGCAUACCUUACAUGUCAGAGAAGCGGCUGCAAGUAGUCAACCAAGGUCCAAGAUGAUCAAUUCAGUGACCAUAACCCCCAAAAGAAAGAAAAAAAGCAAAAACUUUGUACCAAGUAUAUGUUCUGCUAUUGAUGUAGCUGAUACCAAUGGGCCUAAAAUGAUUUCAGCAUUUAGCUACAAGACUCUAAAAGCGGAUGCUCGUAGAUUGCAAGUUUAG